CUCCUGCUCCGAGGACUGCACUUCGUGUGUGUGCGUGAUUUGCAUAUAUGCAGGCCAAGUCGAGCAGCAGCAGCCGCAGCCGCAGCAACAACAAGUGCAACCAAAACAAAGAUGCUGCGCUCCUGACACUGAAACCCGCACAAGGCCAAUCGACGAAAUCAGGCCACGCACACGAAUCCCGACACGCUGGCGGUGGCGGUGGCGAUGGCGAUGACGAUGGCGAUGGAGAUGACGUAGCGCUGCGAUGCGAUGCCCCCGGCAAUCGGCUUACCACAGCCUACUACAGCAGGCCGACUUCCCCGGAUCCGGAGACACUCCCACUCCCAGUUCCACUCGAUCUCCCACUCUUAUUGCCAAACAUCAUCCAAACCCGGGAGCAGAGGUAACUGCACUCAGGCGUACACGGAGCACAAAUUCUAGUUAACAAUUUUUAAGGAUAUGUCAUAUGCUCGCUGCAGUUACCUUAAGCAUUUCGAAAUAUCAUUUGAAAUUCAAAUAGGUUACAAUGGCACUCAA